AUGUCUCCUGAGGAUCCCCUUGGAUUCAGCUCCAUCAAGGAGGAUCUCACUUGUGGUGAUCUUGACAACUGCCAUCAGCUAGGAGGAAAGUGGGUGCACAACAGUCUUCAGACAAGAGCAGAGAUCAACUGGUUGUGUACAAAUGUAUCCUUAUCUUCCAGGCUUAAACAUGACCACUUCACGGAUGGGAAGGCUGCUUUACUGAAGCUACUUAUUGAUGCUGAAGCUGCCGGCAGCUCUGCAGCCAUACAACUUGCGUCUUUCAAAGAUGCAAUUGAAGAUGAAUUUUCUGGUUUAGGACAGUCUUCCAAAGACAAGAUUCAAAUCAUACGACAGAGAGGACUUUUACUGGAAAAGCUGGAAGAUUUUAGACGGAUAAAUAAGUCAGUACGGCAGAGGCUGAAACAACUUCAGGAUGCAGAGGUUAAUCGAAUUGAUGCAGACAAAGAGAUAGACCUCUUGCGACACAAGGUCUCCCAGACUGAAAGUGAAAAUGAGCAUUUAAAAAGAGACCUGAGGGACUCUGAGCAGAGGAUUGAAGAACUGAUGAAUAUGAGGAGAGAAGAGCAGGGGAACAUUAAAAGUGCUGUUCACAUGACCAAGUCUGCAGAAUCAACACGUGCUCGCCUGCAAGGACAGCUGCGCAACAAGGAGGUGGAGAACAGUCGCCUGACUGUUCAGUUACGGACUCUGGAACAAACUGUAACAAAGCAGAAGCUCAAGGUGGAUGAACUGAAAGCAUCCUUUGCCUCUCUGACCAAGAAAGCCGUGCAGGACAAAGAAACGCUCAAGAAAGCGACUCGAGCUCAGAAACAGAGAGCUGAGAGGUUUGAAGCUGCCAUCGAAAAAUGCUAUGCACAACUGAAGGAAAAGGACCUUCAGCUGACUAAAGCUCAGUUAGAGAGAAACUCCAGACAGAAGAAUCAGAUGACAAAUGAGAAAGAGAAACUUGUUGCUCAGAUUGACUUCCUGAAAAGUCAAGUUGCAGACUUGACAUCGAGGUUGCAGAAGAAGAAAGACGAGUUGGCUUCAGCUAACGAAAUGAGGACGCAAAAGGUUGAAAAACUCAUCAGUGACAAUGCAGACCUCACUGUUCAUAAUGCAGCACUCAAGGCGUCUGUGGCUCGACUGGAGCAGCAACUCGCUGACAUUGAAUCUGCACUUAUCGAGGAGAAAACGGUCUGUCUAGAGAGGAAACACGAAGCUGAACAGUGCCAAUAUCAGGUUGCAGAACUUCAAGCAGAGACUGAUGGCCUUAGGCUGAAAUGUGCAAAUCUCUUAAGAGAAACAGAAAAGACUCGAGACGGGAGGGAGACAGAAGUUCAGCAGGUGAGGCAGGAGAUGCAGCGGCGUGUAGAGGAACUUCAGGCUUACCCUGAGUUACUGAGUGCAGCCGAGCAGAAACUCCUCGAGUCCCAGGAAAGCCUGCAGUGUUUGGAGAGGAAGUGCUCAGAAAAGUCAGAGUCUGUUCAGCAGCUGCAGCUGAAGACCGAGAGCCAAACUAAACAGCUGAGAUCAUCUGCGGAGAUGAAGGAGUCCAUCCAUGAAGCUAACUUGAAGCUACGCGCAAACGUGGAGUCACUUCAAAAGAAGAUGGACGAGCUGCAGCAGGAGAACCUGGAGCUCGUACGGAAGCUCGCAGCUCAGGAGGAAGCUCUGAGCUACAGCAAUCAGCAGUUGGAUCAGCGCUCAGCAGAGUGUCAGGCCCUAAACCGGCAGCUGGAGGCAGCUUUAUCAGAUGUCAGAGAACAGGUCAGAAAAGUUAAAUAUCAGGCCGCUUCCAGAGAAGAAACGUUGCAGACAAAAGUCUUGGAGCUUGAAGCUGAGAAGAGCAGAAGAGAAAAUGAGCUGAGGCUUCUUCACCAGAGCAAGUUAACUGCAGAGAAAAAGUUCCAGGUGCGUCUGAAGGACCUGCAGCUCAGCCUGGACCAAUCAGAGAGCCACAAACGAAGCAUUCAGAACUACGUCGAUUUCCUUAAAAACUCCUAUAAAACAAUGUUUGAUGAAGGGCUGCAGAUAUCGACCUUUGGACCAUCGUACGUCCUGAAAUGACGACGGUUUGCUUUCAUCAACCCGUCUAUAUUUACCCUGUG